UUGAUAGGCUCGAUUUGACUCAUUGUUUCCUACUAGCCUUUCUUCCAAUAACUACUGAUUGGCGGGCUAGCCAGAAAGUAACAACCUAUUUCGCAAACCCAGAUAUCCUCCAUGGAUGCAGCUGCAGCCUGUUGCCUCCUCCUUGUUCUAGCCACCACGACUAUUUCCUCUGUCUACGCACAAGCAGCCGAUGGUGGGUGCUUCAGAAAGGAGAGGGAGGCCCUUCUUUCGUUUAAAGGUGGCAUCACAGAAGACCCGCAUAGCCUCCUUGCCUCGUGGAAUGGCCAAGACUGCUGCCUUUGGAGCAAUGUCCGGUGCAACAACAGAACAGGCCAUGUCAUCAAGCUUGACCUACGCAACAAUUUCCUGUUGGAUGAUAUGAUGGUUCUCGGGUACACUCGACCGUAUCAGGGGAUGCAUGGGAAGAUAAGUUCUUCUUUGCUUGCUCUGCAUCAUUUGGAGUAUCUAGAUCUCAGCGGAAAUUAUCUCGGGGGAUUUGGUGUAUCCAUCCCGAGAUUCUUGGGCUCCCUCGGGAGCCUGGUUUAUCUCAACCUCUCUUGCAUGAGUUUUGAUGGUAAAGUGCCUCCACAACUCGGUAACCUCUCCAGAUUGCUCUACCUUGACCUCAACCCAUGGUUUCUUAAUAAUGAUGAUGGAAAUAAUUUGCACGUCGAUGAUAUAUCGUGGUUGCCACGACUCCCUUGGCUAAGGUUUCUCGACAUGAGUAGUGUAAAUCUCAGCACUAUUGGCAAUUUUGUUCAGGAGGUGAGUAUGCUGUCUAAUCUUAGGGUCCUUCGUCUCAGUGAAUGUGAAAUUGUUUUUCCACACACACCUAUAGUGCGUUCCAACCUCACGUCACUUGAGUUGCUUGAUCUAUCAAGGAAUCUAAUUGAUACCUUGAAUCCAAGCUACUGGUUCUGGGAUGUUCGCACCAUCAGGCACCUUGACCUUGGUGAUAAUAGAAUUUCAGAACCAUUUCCAGCUGCAAUGGGGAACAUGACUUCCCUUGAGGCCCUUCAUCUUGGAGGCAAUUUCUUCACAAGUUUAAAUCCCAAAGCACUGAGUAAUCUUUGCAAUUUGAGAGAGCUAACAUUGUUAGGAAAUCAUAUCGAUCAAGACUUGCCAGAAUUCUUGGAGGGGUUACCGCAUUGUGCAUGGACUAAGAUGGAGUUUUUAGAUCUAACUCAUACUAAUCUCAGUGGGGAAAUUCCAAAGUGGAUAGACCAGUGGACUGAUUUGAGAAUUCUUCAACUCUCUUCUAAUCGGCUUGUAGGAUCGAUACCUCGUGAGAUUGGUGGGCUCAGCAAACUCAGCAAAUUGUAUCUAGACGGCAAUCAGUUCAAUGGUUCUAUAUCGGAGGAACACUUAGGCAGUCUAAUAAAUCUGGAAGAACUGGACUUGUCUUACAAUUCCCUGCAGAUGGUGAUCAGCUCAAAUUGGACUCCUCCAUUUAAAUUGCAGCUGGCUUAUUUCCCUUCUAGCAAACUUGGUCCCCACUUUCCUUUGUGGCUUAAAAGGCAGAGUGAUGUUACAUACCUUGACAUUUCUGAUGCAGGCAUAGUUGACCAUCUGCCAGAUUGGUUUUGGGUAGUGUUUGCAAAUGUUCAAUAUUUAAACAUUUCUUGUAAUCAAAUCAGUGGCAGGUUACCAAGCACGCUGGAAUUCAUGUCUUCAGCUAUGCCUAUAGUAUUUGACCUCAACUCAAACAUGCUCACUGGUAGUCUGCCGCAGUUACCAAGGCUUUUGGUUGAACUUGACAUUUCCAGAAACUUGUUAUCAGGGCCACUGCCACAGAACUUUGGAGCUCCAUUCCUUAGUGAUUUAUUGCUUUCUGAGAACAGUAUCAAUGGCACUAUCCCAGUACAUAUCUGUGAGCUGCAUGGUUUGAACGUCUUGGAUCUAGCAAAGAACCGUCUCAUAGGACGAUUUCCUGAUUGCGCAGAAGUAUCAGUGGGAACUAAGAAACUGAAUGCAACCUUCUCAGCUGAAGCACUAAUGUUGUACGAAAAUAACUUGUCUGGCGAUAUUUCGUUUCUGCAGAGCUGCCCUGAGUUGAUUAUUCUUGAUCUUGGCCAUAACAAGUUUACCGGAAGGUUACCAACAUGGAUAGCCGAAAGAGUGCCAGAUCUGUCUUAUCUCCGCCUGCGGCAUAAUAUGUUCUCCGGCUCUAUUCCGAUUCAGGUCACACAGCUUGUAUACCUGCAAUACUUGGACCUUGCAAACAACAGAAUAUCAGGAUUUGUGCCUCAUACAUUGGCCAAUAUGAAAGCAAUGACCCAGGAUCAUCCAGAAGGGUUAAACAACCCCUUGUGGUCGAGUUAUGACCGGCCAGAAGGACACUCUGAGGGUGAGUUGUACAAAGCAGCAAAAUAUGACGAUAGCUUAGAAGUGGUAACAAAAGGUCAGUACCUUGAUUACACCAGCAGCCUCAUCUAUAUGGUUGGCCUUGACUUGUCCUGCAACAAUUUGGUUGGAGAGAUUCCAGUUGAGAUAACAUCUCUUGUUAAUCUGAAGAGCCUGAACAUCUCUCAUAAUCAGUUCUCUGGUAAGAUUCCAGAGACGAUCGGCUUUCUUGGAUCAUUGGAAUCUCUCGACAUGUCAUGCAAUGAACUCUCCGGUGGAAUCCCUGCCAGUUUCUCAAACAUGACAAUGUUGAGUAAGCUAAACCUGUCAUACAAUAAUCUGUCAGGAAGAGUUCCCACGGGGAAUCAGCUUCAGGCUCUCAUUGAUCCUGCAUCAGUGUACAUCGGCAACAACUACCUCUGCGGGCCUCCGCUUCCUAGGAACUGUUCGGGCCCUGAGGUAAUAACUGGAGGGGAUCUUGAUGAGCAUCAAUCAGAUACGAGGUAUUUUUAUCUUGGUAUGGCUGCAGGAUUUGUCGUGGGUCUUUGGGUGGUCUUUGUUGUCUUUUUGUUUGGUAAAAGAUUCAGAGUUGCGUAUUUCCAACUGUUUGACAAGCUAGUGCGUGUCAUGUAAGCAGCCAUGGACUGAAAUUCCUCAAGCAGUGAUGGAAGACCAGAAGUCAGAAUCCUAAAUUAUUGUUGUUUUGUACUGUAUUUUUCUAAUUCUUUUUGUAACUAAUAUUAGUGGCCCUUGCAGCUAGGGCAUCAUCAUUGUGUAUUUAGAACAUUUAUGUUAUUUAUGUUAGAAGAUACAGUAAAGAAAUACUCCCUCCAUCUAUAAAUAGAUGUUUGAGAUUUAUCUAAAUUUGGAUGUAUUUAGACAUUAAAUACAAAGGUAG